CCCACGAAGACCUUUCCCCUCUUUUUCUUCUCUGCACAGAAGCGCCAAGCAGAAAGGCGAGGGGGGGCCAAACGCCAAACAAAACCAAAAAAAAAAAGUUCACCACUUUUCUUUUCUUCUGGUCUGUGUGUGAAGUUCAGAAAUUGAAAAUUUGAAGAAAAAAAAAAUCCAAAAUUAUAUUCAAUUCCUCGAGAGCUGAAGUAAAAAGGAGGGCACAAUCAAUCGAUCUCCUUUUUUGUCAAGACAAGCAAAUCCCACUCCGCGCUUGCUUCUCUGUUCUCAUCGCUCGCUUUGCUUAUUGUGGAAGAUUUUAUUGAAUCCUUUGUUAAAAAAGGCUCAAACAUUGGGUCAUCCUCUGUUUUCUUUCUUGUGGGGUCGUAAAGAGAAUAGUUAUGGCGGAUGUUUUGAGCAAGUCGCAUCUGAUCGCUUCGUCCUGGCCUCCUUCCUGUUCUGCAAAUUUUUCGUCUUCGUCGACAAACAGUUAUGACAGCCACCGCUACGGCCGGAUCUGUGUCGUUGGGAAGAGUCGGAGCAGGGUUAAUGGCUUUCCUUUGAAAGAGAAAACUCAGGCCUUUAGAUCGCAGGCAGCGCAUUGUGGUGGUGUUGUUAGCAGUGGGUUUCAUGGGAAGAAGCUCUUUGCUCACGGGAACGAAGCCAGAGGCGCCAGAAGGGGACAGCUUCGUCGAGCUUCGAUUAGGGCUCAGACUGGUCGAAUUGGGAACAUGCAAAGAUGGUGGGAGAAGGGGUUGCAAUCCAAUAUGAAGGAGAUCACUUCGGCUCAAGACCUUGUAGACUCUCUCAUGAAUGCUGGAGACAAACUCGUUGUUGUUGAUUUCUUCUCCCCUGGCUGUGGUGGCUGCAAGGCUCUCCAUCCCAAGGUAAUUUGUCAAAUAGCAGAGAUGAACCCAGAUGUACAGUUUCUUCAUGUGAAUUACGAGGAUCAUAAAUCUAUGUGUUAUAGUCUCAACGUCCAUGUUCUGCCUUUCUUCCGCUUCUACCGUGGAGCUCAGGGUCGGCUAUGCAGCUUUAGCUGCACCAAUGCCACGAUCAAGAAAUUCAGAGAUGCAUUGGCAAAGCACAAUCCUGACAGGUGCAGCCUCGGUCCAGUGAAAGGGUUGGAGGAAAAAGAGUUGGUUGCUCUAGCUGCUAAUAGAGAUCUCAACUUCACAUACACACCGAAGAAGGUUUAUACAAAGCCUGUUCCCCUUGAACAGGAAAAGGAAGUUCCUGUUAUUUCACCUUCAUCUCCCUCGAGUCGGCCAAGUUCGCCUCACCUGGUUCCUAUAGCAAUCGCCCGAUCUCCCAAAGAGUCGGAGGAGAAAACUCUGGUGCCAUCAGGGAGAUGAUGAUGAUGCAAGGCAAUCAAGGGGGAUGAAGCUUUUGACCCUUCCUCACCCUUUCUGUACAGUUUCUUUUGUGUGUUUUCUAUAUGAUGGUAUCUUUCUACAUCUAAGUUCAUAUCGUGUAAUGUGUGAAUUGUAUGUUGCUCCUUGUAAUAGUUACAGGCCUUAGUACGCAAGUAUGUAUAUCUCAGUCACCGAUGGAGGAAGAAGAGUUGAUGAAGCAGGCAAUUUGGAUUGUGUUUUUUUUUUUUAAUCGGGUCCUGUAUAGCCUGCUAGGUAGGAUGGUAUCUUAACUAUUAUUACGAUUGUAAGAUCAGAAGGAAAAAAAAAAAAAAAAAACUCCUUUGGCCCCCCCAUGCUUUUGUCCAAAGGAGGUGAAAGAAAAAAGAGUGCUCUGUUGUAAUGUGGUUCGCGUUGCAGUGGUAUUUGGAUUGCUGCACCACAAAAAUGAGAGAAGCAAGGAAUUUGAAGGGAACAUUUUAUUUAUAUAUGUAAAUCCAAUACCAUGAUAUCUAUCUUGGGUUAUUAUUGGGUGACUAAGUGUUGGAUUGUGUUAUUAGCUGAAAGAAUCAUUGUUUUCCUGUCCUUUCUUGUUAAUCCAGCGUGUGAGUUUAGACAAUGAAACUUGCUCUAAGCUGUGUGAGUUUAGGGUAGACACCAGAAAAGCUCUUUGUGGCAUGUACCAUCUUCAUAUUGUGGAAGUGAGUGAAAUCAAUAUUAUGCUUUCUCAG